CAUAACCUAUGGCGGAUCGAUUUUGCUUCCGUAUCAAUAGCAUUUUAAAUGCCUCAAAAUUGGUGACAUUUGGUGGAAUUUAAUACAUAGGGUAGUGUAUCCGGUUGUGGGCAGUCACCGGUUGUGGGCACCCCCAAUUUUUUUUUGACAGAUUCCAAAAAUGGCGAAUCUGAGUAUGAGCGAUUGUGUAUUUUGACAGUCCAUCACUUUCUGCUACAACACCGAAGUGAAAAGACGCGUUUGUUGAUGUUUUACGAAAAUCGGAAAAAAAAUUGGCUAAAAAUUUACUUUGAGAAGAUUUCAGAUUUUUUUUUGAAGUGUUAUAAAGUGAAGUGAUAAACAUCAAAAAGGUGAGUUUUAUGCAUAUAAGUGUAGGAUUUUCGAUAAAUUAUAUGAAUCAACACCGUAUCCGAGCAUUUGUUGAUCACCGAAAAAUUUUUAUGCUCACUUUCAAAAUGGUUGCCAUUCCCGGUUGUGGGCACCCGUUUGUAUCCGGUUGUGGGCACUCUUUGUUUUCGCUUGAAACACAUGUUUUUGAGCUAGAGAGUGCUAUAUAUCGUGGUUUUUGUUAUUUGUUUGGGUUUUUAAUUCAUUUUUAUGGAUUUUUAGCCAUGUCAACUGCGAAAAAGUCAACUGAACCGAAAGCAAUUGAUGUAAAUGCCCUGGUAAAGGCCAUUAAGGAUUGCUUGAUCGACAAGAUGCAAAUCAAAACGACUGCACGGUCCCAUGAUCUUCCUCGUAGCAGUUUGCAACGCUAUCUGAAGAAAGUUGAAGAAAAUUAUGAAGACCUCUCAGCCGUAGCAGAUGAUGAAUUGACGGAAUUUGUUCGUGACUGCGGUCAACGUACGCCAUCUAAUAUGGUUUUCACCACUGCCCAAGAAAAGGAACUUGUCGACUACAUUUUGAAAUGCGUGAACCAUUAUUAUGGCCUGAGCAUAACCGAGUUGCGUGAAUUGGCUUAUCAGCUUGUCAAGAAACUCGCCGUCGACUAUCCGGCGAAUUGGGAUGAAGAAAUGAUGGCUGGUCGUCAUUGGUAUUACAAUUUUAUGCGCCACCACCGUCAGCUUGUGUUGCGUACACCCGAACAAACGUCGCUCAAUCGUGCAAAAGCGUUUAGCAAGACCAACGUCGAUAAAUUUUGCAAAAAUUGCGAUACUGAUUUGGACGACGAAGAAAGUGAUGAAUAAUUUGAAAAAAGUGCCAUUUUCUAUUGUCAUUUUUGCCCCUGAA